GUGUCUCUUCGCACCUUACACCAAACUUUCGGCUGCAUUAUUUCUCAACAACUGCAGUUUUAACGUUCAUAACUCAAUCGUUUAAGUUCCGCAACAACUGGCAGUGAAGUGAGUCGAGUCUAAUUGAUAGGCCAAGGACGGACAAGUCUGGCGAGAAGGAACUUUCCUUUGUGUCAAGUGCACACGUCUUACCAUAUGAUCUGCUAAUUGCAUAAGCAGCCAACCCACUUCGCCGCUUUAUCUGAAAGUGACUGAUUUGGCACAUCACAAUGGUGGACUAUUACAGAGUACUCGAGCUCCAGAGGACAGCAUCCACAGCCGAAAUUAAAAAAGCAUACAAGAGAUUAGCCUUGAAAUGGCACCCGGACAAAAACCAGAACAACAUCGAGGAGGCGACCAAGAAGUUCAAAGAGAUCUCAGAGGCGUAUGAAGUCCUCGUUGAUGAGGAUAAGCGGCGCUUGUAUGACCAACGACACCAGAAGCCCUCGUACACCAGACCCACCCGUAGCUUCAACGCCAGGAGCUUUUUUGAGUCGCCCUUCCACCGUUUCUUUGACAAGAAGCGCCGCGUGUACGACCAGUACGGCAAAGAAGGCCUGAACAACGGCAGCGCCACCCGCAGGAACAGAUUCGAGGAUGACUUCAACUUCGGCUACCCGCACUUCUCCUUCAGAGACCCUGAAGAGGUGUUCCGAGAGUUCUUCGGCGGCGGCAUCCCUGGCUUCUUAGCUCCGACAGGCCGAGGCGUUCACAACUUUGACCCGUUUGGUUUCUCCUUUGGAGGCAUGAGCAUGUCGCCCUUCUCACCCUUCGACGACUUCAUGAGCCCUUCCAGCGGCUUUUCCGCGUUCACCACCAUCAACAACAGCUUCAGCAGCAGCCCACGGUCAGGUUCCAAUGUCAAGAGGACUUGCCAAACCACCAGAUUCAUCAACAACAAAAAGAUCUCUACCACAAAAACAACAGAAAAUGGAAAGGAAACGAUAAUGGUGUUUGAAAACGACGUUCUCAAAUCGAAGACUGUCAAUGGCGUGCCACAGUCCAUCACAUACAGCUAAGCAUUCCAGCCGCACACGCCGCACGGACCCAGAGACUUUUGGUAGCGCCGUCCGUGCGCGCGGAGUGUCCUGACAACUGUGUACAUAGUAAAAUUAGCAACGACAAACACGCGGCAGGCAAAACGACAAGAUAGUUUUUUGUCUCAUUCUUCUCGCCGCCUGUCCUCUUGCAAUCGUAUUGUUUAUCCCGCAGACAACCUAUGUGAUAUAUCGAGAAAUUAAUUAACUCCUCUCGAUCUAAUGAAAUGGAUGUAUUUAAAAGUUUAAAUCCGACGGUCCUCUUGAUCAACCCAGCAACAGUUCAACGUAAAUCCAAGUUGUGAAGUGGUGCAAAAUCCGGUUGGCUGCAACGACUCGUGUCCCCCGCCAACAUGUUUGACUGAUAGUUUGUUAUUGGCUCUUUCGAUAUCACUGCUCAACCCGGUCCCCCAAAAGCGAUGCAUCGACGUGGGCCAAGUUGCUUAUUCAAUCUAGUUGUUCGGCCAAAUUUAUUCAUGUGGAUGAUUAUAUCGAUGUUUACCUGAAAAAUGAAAAACUUUUUCUGCAUGUUUCCGAAUUCCGAAGGAGAGGUGCCUGUUGCACGAACUCUUGCUCGAACGAUUUGAAGACUUGGCUCAAAUAAAGCUUUAAGAUCUUCUGCUGGCACCUCUCGUUACGCAAUAUUUAAAUCAACCAUGUAAAGCGAAAUAUUUAAAAUUAAUUGUUGAUAAACGAAUUUCCAAUGUGUACCCAGCUAAGCAACAGGUUUGGAGCUGGUGCGCAGGCUUCUUUGGAGAGGAGCAAUAGUUUAACAGUUGAAACGAAAAGAAAUUUAAUCGGUUAUGCCCUCAAACGUACCACCAGAUUAGAAAAUUAAGAAAAUAAGCCAGGUGUGCGAAUUCAGUUCUGCUCACCACCGCUAUUAUUGUUCUCAGGUUUGCUUGCACUCGCGAGCGAGCAACUGGUUCACCAAUUCUCAGAUUUGAGUUGAUAAAACUUGUGUUCGUAACAUUUAAGUUGUUUCAUCGAAUGCCAUUAGAAAAGAGGCAAACGAACUUUAUUUUUGUCCGACAAUCACGAAAUUUGUUAUUUUGACAGCAAGAAGAAGUGUUAUUUUGUGUAAAUGUACGUCACUAUGAGACAUUUCGAAUUUUCAUUGCUCUCGCACUAAACCAGAUUAUAGUGAGCUAAUACUAAAGGAAUAAAGUAGACAAACACGAAAAUAAUAAGAAAUCUGA